GGACCCCUCUGAGAGCUCCCACAGGCAGAAGCGUUCUCCCAGCCCUGCAGAUCGCUCUGGCAGCAAUUCUUCUCCUUCCAGGGAGUAUUCUCCACCUGCUGCAAGGCGAAGACAAACCUCCCGAGCUCCAGCCAAGGCAGCCCCUCACAAGCAGAACUUCUCACCCUCUGGCAGGUCUGCCUCCCCAUCAGGCCAGCACCAUUCCCCCCUCUCCUCCAGACAUCACUCCUCCUCAUCCCAGUCGGGCUCCUCUGUGCAGAGACAUUCUCCUUCCCCGCGCCGCAGGAGAACUCCUUCCCCAGCCUGCCCACGGGCAGCUUCCCCGCCCGCCCGGCGGUCCUCUUCUCCCUACCCCCCACACUCCUCCUCUCCCCAGAGGAAGCGGAGCCCGUCGAGACACAGAUCUCCUGGGAGAGACAAGGGCAGGCACGACCGGGAGCGGGCGUCGCAGUCUCGCGACAGGCGCCACGAGAGGCGGGAUGAAACUCGAGGGAGAAGAGAAAAAGAAAGAGAGAGCAGAGAUGACCGUGAGUACGAGCAGGAGCAGAGCUCCUCCAGGGAGCCCCGAGACGAGCGGGAGUCUCGUGACGGGAGAGAUCGGAGGGAGAGCAGAGACCCCAGAGAGCGCCGGGAGCCCCGGGAGCCCCGAGACUCCCGAGAGACGAGGGAUUACAGCAGAGACCCCAAGGAGAGUCGGGAGCAGAGGGACUCGCGCUCCACACGGGACUCCCACGACUACAGAGACAGGGAGGGGCGUGAUGCCCACAAGAAGGAGGAGCAGUACCAGGAGGAGUCGCGCGGCUACGGCCGGGCGCACGGCCGAGAGGAGAGCUCUCGUGCUGAGACCAGGACUGACUCCAGGAGUGACUCCAGGAGCGAGAGCAGGAGCGACAGAACGGGCCGGAGUCGAGGCAGAGGUGCAGAACUGUCUGACAAGGGAGGCCGAGGGACGAGAGGAUCCCAGGCUGAUGGGCACAGCAGCAGUGGGAACUACCACGAGAGCUGGGAGUCGAGGAGCAGCUACGCGGAGCGGGAUCGCUACGACAGUCGGGAGCCAGGCAGGGACUCCUCCUUUGACAGGAGACACUCGGAGCGGGACAGGCGGGACAACAGGGAGAGAGGUGAGCAGGGAACAGUUCUGCUGCUCUGCACGGCCUCAGAGGUGGAUGUGUGA